UGCCCCCUGACCCACCCCGACUCCCCACCGUUCAACCUCCCCCGCCGCUCCCCAAUUUCUUGCGUCGAAGGACGCGCGACGGAGAGGGAUCUCGGCCGGUCUUUAUGAGUCGGCGGCGGCGGAGAUGGGCGGAGUCGCGUCGUCGAUCGCCGCCAGGCUUGCCUUCUUUCCCCCCAGCCCCCCUUCCUACACCGUGACCGCUGACGAGCCCGGCGGCCGCCUCUCCAUUCCCGAGCUUGCCUCCGGCCGGCGCGCCGACAUCGACAUCCUCCGGGUCCGGACAAGGAGGGGGAACAAGAUCGUAGCCGUCCAUGUCAGGAACCCCCGUGCAACGGCCACCCUGCUGUACUCUCACGGCAACGCCGCGGACAUCGGCCAGAUGUUCGAACUCUUCGUCGAGCUCAGCGCCCGCCUCCGCAUCAAUCUCAUGGGGUAUGAUUACUCUGGUUAUGGGCAAUCUACAGGGAAGCCCACUGAGUAUAAUACAUAUGCAGACAUAGAGGCAGCAUAUAAUUGCCUCAAGGAACAAUAUGGAGUGGCAGAUGACGAUCUAAUUCUGUAUGGUCAGUCUGUUGGUAGUGGUCCUACUCUUGAUCUGGCAUCCCGUCUCCCAAACCUAAGAGCUGUUGUUCUACAUAGUCCUAUCCUUUCUGGAUUAAGGGUGCUAUAUCCAGUGAAAAGAACAUAUUGGUUUGACAUUUACAAGAAUAUCGACAAGAUUGGCCGUGUGAAUUGCCCGAUCUUAGUCAUUCAUGGUACAUCAGAUGAAGUUGUUGACUGCUCCCACGGAAAGCAACUCUGGGAGCUUAGUAAAGAGAAGUACGAACCACUUUGGCUAAAAGAUGGUGGUCAUUGCAAUUUGGAGUUUUUCCCUGAAUACAUCAAGCAUCUGAAGAAAUUUGUGUCAACAGUUGCAAAGAGUAAUUCUACGAAGAACGAUUCAGCAAGCACAAAAACAAAAGAUGAUCAGAGCAAGCAGACUGAAAUUGGAACAUCAGGAGAUACAUGCAAUGCCCGUAACUGUUCUGAGAUCUCGAGAAAGAGUUUGGACAGUCAGAUCACUAAACCAACAAACGUAGAUCAGGCUGAGGAAUCGCGGAUGAGUGUUGACAGGAAGAAAGGGAAAGUCUUGUUAUGGCGAUGACUACUUCGCAGCCAAGUAAACCAAGUAAUAUAGCUCAAGAGCUUCCACGUACAGUUAAGGCCCUUCUGAACCAGUACAAAAUUCUCUGUCCAUGUAAUAACUUAGCUUUAACAUAUUGUGUGUGUUGUAUUCUACCAUGGUCAAAAGAAAAAAAGUUUCAUACUUGAUCUGUUGGUUAGAAAGGAUGGUUUCAUUGAUAGGAACUAGCACUGGACCUGUGCACAUUACUGAUUCAUGUGGAAAGGUUUUAAUGGAUGAAUGUGAUCCCAUGGUCUGAUGAUCAUGGUAAUUUAUUUGUAGAUUGAUAAA